AUGGAAAAGAUACAGACUGUACUACACUGCACCGAUGAGCAGAGAGUAUUAUAUGCCACCUACAGACUGAUAGGGGAGGCUGAACGUUGGUGGUCUGCUGUGAGACUCCUGGAGGAGCAGAGUCUGGUACUUGUAACUCUGACCUGGAGCUGGUUUACAAAGUUAUUCUUCGAUCAAUAUAUUCCUGCCACCACUAGAGAAGAAAAGGUAGAGGAAUUCUUGAACCUGACCCAGAGGCAUUGGAUAGUCCAACAAUAUGCAGCAAAAUUUAUUGAACUGUCCCGUUUUGCCCCGUACAUUGUUUAUGAUGAGGCAAAGAAGACAGGGCCACCGUGGUGGAAGCAAGCAAGCAUAGGGGUGCUGAGGUGUAGGACCAAAGGAAGAGAUCCACACCUCCUGGAUCUCAGGUGGGUUCUAGCCGAGGCCCAUGGAGGAGAGGUGGAUACAGCAGAGGAUAGAGGUAGGAAAUGGGGAGUCGUGAGAUGCAUGGCGAGUAGACUUAUCUCGUUUGCCCUGAUUACGGUAAAAGACACAUGGGAGAGUGUCGAGUGUCGAGUGGGGAGAAAUGUUUGCUACCAAUGUGGUGGACCGAGUCAUUUGGCACGACAUUGUCAUGCACAAUGGAGUAAUGCUCUCGUUCCCAGACCAUUCCAAGGAAAUAUCCAGGUGCCCCGAGGAGGCCAGCAAAGGAACAUAACCCUGACGAGAGUUUAUGCGUUAAUACCAAGAGAUGCUAAGGCAGCUGGCGAUGUAGUGACAGGCACAUUUAAUACGCUUUUAAUUAAAGCUAUUGUUCUAUUUGAUUCAAGGGCCACACACUCGUUCAUGUCUAUGGGCUACGUUAAAUUAUGUAGGGUAGAAACUCAACUAUUAGAUAUCGAGUUAUCAGUAGCUACACCAACAGGAUCACUAGUGGGGUGUCGAAGGGUACUCAAAGGCUAUCCAGUUGAUAUUUAG